UUUAAACUAAGAGCUAUGUUUUGGGACGGAGUAAUCUGCUAGAGAGCAGUGUGUGGAUCGGAGCGCAUUGUGCGAGUGAGUGUGCGGGGGACAGAUAAGGAAAGAAGCCCGCCAGACCGGCUGCUUGUUUUAAUGUGCUGACUCUGGGGAGAUAAAAAAAAAUAUAUUGACUCUUCAGUUGUGUGCCGUGAGCCAGGGCACGAGCUGCACAUUUAAGAGAGGUGCACCAAAUACAGGGCGUGAAAGCGGACAAAAUACAUCCAAGCAAAACAGUCCAUUUAGAGGAUUUUUCCCUCCCUUUCUCCUUUUUUUAAAUCUGAUUCCUUUUUCUUUGGCUGGGACUGUUCCCUGUUUCCGGUAGAGACAGUGCAAAAGGAAGGGAGACUUCCACUGAAGGACAGCCACUAGAGCAAGCACACAGAGGCGAGAGGACAAAAACGAAACAGUCGCUGAUAACCAAGAUGUUCGAAAUCAGCCGAACCCUGAACGCCGCUUUGUUGAGCAAUGAGUAUCUGAAGAUGAUGGUAAGGUACUCCCAGUACUCGGCACUAGCCCAGGCUGAAGGCUCCGUCCCAGGCAUGGGCUCCCUGCUUUUACCCCACGAUCCAUCCAGCCACCCGGGGGCCAGGUCACUGGGGGGAUCGACAGAGACUCAGUGGCGUCAGGCAGACUUGCCGCAGCUCCAGGGCUGGGCUGACAAGGGACUGCUGACACAGCCAAAGAUGAUAAUCAGUAACAUGGAGCCUCAGGUGACGAACGGGCCAAACCCGGCUACAGCCAACGGGCCAUCGAGCAACAACCGCAGCUGCCCGUCACCCAUGCAGACCAGCGGCUCCAACGACGACAGCAAGACAAACCUCAUUGUCAACUACCUGCCCCAGAACAUGACCCAGGAGGAGUUCCGCAGCCUUUUCGGCAGCAUUGGCGAAAUCGAGUCCUGCAAGCUGGUCCGUGACAAAAUCACAGGACAGAGUCUCGGAUAUGGUUUCGUCAACUACAUUGACCCAAAGGAUGCAGAAAAAGCCAUCAACACAUUAAAUGGACUCAGACUUCAGACCAAAACUAUCAAGGUGUCUUAUGCACGGCCCAGCUCAGCCUCUAUCCGCGAUGCUAACCUGUACGUGAGUGGGCUACCUAAGACCAUGACCCAGAAAGAGCUGGAGCAACUUUUCUCCCAGUAUGGACGAAUUAUCACCUCCCGUAUCCUCGUCGACCAGGUCACAGGUGGUUCGCGUGGUGUAGGCUUCAUUCGAUUUGAUAAGAGAAUAGAGGCUGAGGAGGCCAUAAAGGGCCUGAAUGGACAGAAGCCCUCUGGAGCGGCUGAACCCAUCACCGUGAAGUUUGCCAACAACCCGAGCCAAAAGACAAGCCAGGCUUUGCUCUCGCAACUCUACCAGUCCCCCAACCGCCGCUAUCCUGGGCCCCUGCACCACCAAGCCCAGAGGUUCAGGCUGGACAAUUUGCUUAAUAUGGCCUAUGGCGUUAAGAGGUUCUCUCCCAUCACCAUAGAUAGCAUGACCAGUCUAGUAGGAAUGAACAUUCCCGGGCACACCGGCACUGGCUGGUGCAUCUUCGUCUAUAACCUGUCUCCAGACUCAGAUGAAAGUGUGCUGUGGCAGCUGUUUGGGCCGUUUGGCGCCGUCAACAAUGUCAAGGUGAUCCGAGACUUCAACACCAACAAGUGCAAAGGGUUCGGCUUCGUCACCAUGACGAACUACGACGAAGCGGCUAUGGCUAUCGCAAGUCUGAACGGGUACCGGCUGGGCGACCGCGUGCUGCAGGUUUCCUUCAAGACCAACAAGACCCACAAGUCCUGAACUCCCUCCCCACUGUCGUGUAGCCCCGUCAAACACACCACUACUAACACCCACCUCAGCCCACACAGCUAGUCUACAACAGACAGGAACACAACCAAUCCACCAACUAAACAGGACUGGAUAUGGCUUAUAAUAUAACUUUGGACCUAUAAGCCAAUGUUGCCUAAGUAUUACGAAAUUGAAAAUGGAAAAUAUUAAUGAUUUGGAAGACCUGUAAGUGGUACAGGCAUUCUGUUGUAUAUCUUUUCCGUUCUAGUGAUUGUUCCUUUGAUUUCUCCUCUCUGUAAACAGUAGCAAAACCAGACCGCCCUUAUUUCAAAGAAGAGAAUGCCUUUCUUCUGAUUGUACUCUCUUGAUUCAGGUUUUCCUUUUGUUCUCUUUUAAAUCCGGAUCCACUGUCGUUAGUAUAACACCUCCCUGGGAAGAGAAUGGGAGGGGGCUCUUUUUAACAAAUUGGUGAUCAUUCAUUCAUUUCUUUUGGUGUAUAUUAUUAAGUCCCCCAAGUAAAUUAACAGGGAUGACACCAUCCCUUUUCUCUAACGGAAAAGAAAUUUCUAACAUUGUUUUGUUUUGUACUGCAAACAGAACACGUCUUUCCUCACGAGGGAUCGGGAGCUAGGGAGAGGGAAGGGAUGGGUUUGCACUCCUGUUGACAAAACAACACACACACACACACUGUUGCCAAAGAGAAGAUCUCUUUGCUUGAAAAUGUGUUUAGAAAAAAAAAUUUAAAAAUAAAGAGAAAGAAGAUCUAUUUUUAUAAAUAAUGAUUAAAAUAAUAAUUAUUGAAGAAUUUUUACAAGAAUCUGGAUUUGAAAAAAAGAGAAAAAUAUUUUGACUGGCUAAUUAGGGGUUGGGGGAGGGGUCAGGUGCCACCUUGUCUUGUUCGUUCUGCCGUGGUACUUUUUAGGAUCAAAGGUUGUUUGUUUUUCGGGGAGAACCAGAUUGGCAAUGGUUUUGUAGACGGCUGGUUUUAUCAAGGAUUGCAAAUUCAGGCAGGUAAUUUUUCAUAGCACGUAAUUGUUCAACAGCGAUCCCCUUUAGGCGAGGGAUAGGGUCUUCCCAGGCCUGAGGCAUCCUCACAGUCAAGAGCCCAAAGUAAGGCCACACAUUGUCCACUCAUUUUCUUUCCAUCAUCAGUCUGUUGGAUAUCAGUAACACAUGCACACGCACAUCUCCAUUUAGAAGACAUACAUUCUUACGGUUCCUUUCGCUCUGAGUUUGUGAUAUUGCAUUCGAGAUAUAAUUCCUUUAGCGAUCAACUGUAGGUGCUAUAUUACAUGGGUCACAUAUCUUAAAUAUCCAAGUUUGUUGUUCUGUGUGCUAUUUAGAGAACAAAAAAAGAAACUUCAAUGUUGGCAUUAAAUUGAGCUGCUGUUUCCGGUUUGUUUACUUCAAUUGCCGGCCCCCAUCUGGUACACAACAGUGAUGCCAGAUGAGCAAAUCUGGGCCUUGUAAGAAUCACUUAACAAGUUUUCUUUGGCUUGCUGACAUAUAGGUUACUUGCUGAGUGUACAGCGUUUGUCAAAAUUAAAAUGAUAAUUAGCUAGUUUUGUUAGUCUAGUAUUUGUUUCCUCAAAGGAUCUAUUACAAAUGUGUCUUUCUUUGUUGUGUACAAAUAGAUGAUAUAUAGUCUACAUUUGUUUUACAAUAUCUAUAUCUAUCUGAGUUGUCACUGUUUUUUGUUCGAGCUUGUCUUUUUUCAUAUGAAAACUUUAUGAAGUGAUGGUUCAUUUAAUUAGAAAACUCGUGAGGAAUCCUGUUUAAUAUGUUGUCAUGUCGCUUGUGGAAAAAAAAAGAAAAAUUGGACUCAUUUUUUUUCUGUUUACCGCCGCGGCAAAAGAAACCUAAAAAAAAUAGUUUCUUGGAAAUAUGUAUUUAUUUAUUGAUUGAUUGAUUGUUUUAAUGAUUACAUUAUUUAUUUAUCUUGAUUAUUUAUUUAUUUAUUUGUUGUUAUGUUGUCUGUGUUUUUGUGUGAUUCUGGUACAGGGAGGGGGUGUUUCUGAGCUAAAGGGAACAAACGACUAGGGGAGAUACUCUUCCAUUAGUCCUGUGCACUGAGAAAUUUUAGUACGUUUGUGCUUUGUACCAAUAUAUCAAAAUUACAAUAUAAAAAAGUUUAAAAGUCAAAAACUAAAAAAAUGUCAAGAGGGUGAGGCUCUUCCCUUAUUACUAGAAACAGUUACUCGCUAUGCAUAACCUAGUCAAUAGUUAAAUUUGCUAUUGCUUUUUUCUUGUCUUGUUAAACAUAAAUCUUUAAAUCUUUUUCAAUAAAGUUUAGUCUUAAUAGAAUGUUAUAACAGUUGUUCUGGUUCAAUAUAACCUGUGAUAAGUUUGUGUAGUUUUAAAAGCCGCUUCCCGCCCUCCCUCCACACACUACCGUUGCUUUGUGAUCCAACUUUAUGCAAAAAUGUGGGUCUUAAACAUAGUUUCUCAUGGAUUUGUAUGACAUCCAAUGUUUUAGGCUCAGCUGCCUUGAUUUGAUUAAUUAUAUGGUAUGUCAGUUGUUUAAGUAUUAUUCAUUGCAUUGGACCAAUCAGUGGAGAUUAAUGUAAUUUAACCUUGAUUUUAACUAAUUCCAUCAUUUGCAUAUGACAUCACAAAUCCAAAAAAGGAAAAAAAAAAAAGAAAAAAAAACAUUGACGCUGAUUGUACUGGUUGAAGUGAAAUAGCUAUAAGAAGAUGAUAUUUGAUAGAUGACACCCAUUAUAUAUUUUCUAAUAUAUAGUCUAUUUUGAGAGGUAAAUUUAGUGAAUGGCUCUUUGAGAGUACAGCAUCAGCUCAUGUUGAGAUAGAAAUUCUGUGAAUGUUAGAGGAUUUUAGCUAUGUAGAAGCAUUCAUACACAAUUUAUCAUUCAUCCAUUUGUUCAGAAAUCAAUCCAUCCUCUGCUCCAUGUGCUGAGCAGUAGCACAGACCUCCUCAGACCCCACCGCAGGUGGGAGGUUAAAUUAUGCAACGACCCUGGUAGAAUGUUGUUCUGAUGUAUGAUCUAAUUUCCUACGUCACUUCCUCCUCUAUGCUCAUGGCAUCACCCUCCAUUAGUCUGUGUAUAACUGGGAUUGAGUGAGUGAGCGUGUGCAUGUGUGAGUGUGUGUGAGUGUGUGUGUGUACACGCAUGUAUGUGGGGUGGGGGGGGUGAGGAUGUUUGGAACAUGGGGCCAUGCCUCCGUGGUACGUGCCCAAAUCGCUGUGGCUCACUUUCUCCCCCGUAGCGCCUUAUAGUGGCAGCCUGCCAAUAGGAAACCAACAGCCAGUAGUGUAGGAGGGAAGGCCAAGUGAGGAACAAGGCUCUUGUCAUUUUUCAUUUUCUCCUGAAGAUGUGUUUGUUUACUAUCUGAGAAUCUAUAAAUCUUUAAAGACAAAAAAGAGUAAAAAAAAAAAAAAGUUCACUGGACCAAGCUGGUCUCUCCUAUUUAUGUUAUUACUUAGCUAUCAAUUAUUGAUUAUUGUUAUUAUGAUUACUAUUAUUCUUAUUAUUCUUAUUAUUAAUCAAAUUACUGCGAUGAAUGACUUCAUGUUAUCCUUGCUAGUUUAGGUCAUUUCUGAAACUGGAAAACAAAAUAUGGAAAAAAAAUCUUGCUGUAAAUGUUUUUUUCUUUUUCAUAAACUGUUGUGUUUGAAUUAUUUGUACUUUUGAAUGU